UGCUGUCCCCUGGAACUCUUCACAGUGGACACGAGGGGAUGCGUUUCGGUGCCGGGGGCUGUCCGUCCUCAUCUCCUUCACAUAGAAAGUCGCCUCCUAUGCCGAGCGGAGACGCAGGUAUAGAGUCUUCUUCCACCUGGCAGCCUGCUUCUUCCCAUCCCGGCGCUCCACGCGCCGCACCUCUCAUUUCUAGCGAGCGGAAGGAGCGAGGCAGGGAGGAGGAGGAGGAGGAGGGGGGAGGUUUUACUCGGCGGAGAAGGGGAGAAUAACAUCACGUUAAAUGAGUCGCGCGUGCCUUUUGUGUGCCGUGCGUUAAAGCCGUGGUUAAUGUGAUGCCGGGUCUGCAAGCAGCACAGAUGACUUGAGCCUCGUUCUGCAAAGAGAAGACUCACCGAUAACCAUGGCUGACCAGUACAGUAUGUUUCUAACGACGGCACCCCCGCUUCGACGAGGGAGCACACCCCUGCCUGUCAAGCACCAGCUGCGAAGGGAAGAGGCCGUAUCCGAGGACUGUGAUUGGAUCCCGGGCUUGGAGGAGCCUACCACGUUGCCUAUCAGUGACACAGCGGUGCCUCGGGAUGAGUCCUUCAGCCAAUCGGCUGCUGCCCAGUCAUCUUACCACAGCCAUGGCGGGGCACUGAGGAUAGUGCUACUGGGACAGAAUGGCGUGGGCAAGUCGUCGCUGGCCUUAUCUCUGGCCGGGCAGUCAGACAGAUCCCUCUCUAUAGACUCUGAGACACAAGCAUGUGGUGAGGGCUACGAGUAUACGGUGACAGUGGACGACGAAGACAGCAAAGUCAUCAUUUUUGACAACUGGAAACAGGACCUCUCCACACUGCAGUGCGAUGUGUGUAUCCUGGUCUUCUCAGUGACAGACAGGCGAAGUUUUCACCGCACCGCCCAGCUCCGCCUCCUUCUCAGGGAGUCCCAGCCACAAACCCCAAUCAUCCUUGUGGGCAACAAGAGUGACCUAGUGCGGUCCCGUGAAAUCAGCUCCGAGGAGGCCCAGUCCAGCGCCAUGAUGUUUGACUGCCUCUACUUGGAGCUCUCUGCCUCAUUAGAACACGGCACCAACGAGCUGCUGGAGGCAGCAGUGCGGACCGCGAGGGGAGACUGCGUGGGCCCCGGAUGGACGGACGGUGACCCCGGUGCUGGCCGCAGGGAGAGCCUGACGAGCCGGGCCAAGCGCUUCCUGGCCGGUCUUGUGCCGCGAUCGUACGGCCGAGACAGGGACCGGGAUCGAGGCCGCUACAGGGAGAUGAGCCGCCACAGGGGCAGCAAAAUCCUUCGGCAGAAGUCCCGCUCCUGUCAUGACCUCAGUGCACUGUGACACACAUCCACACACAUAAAUGCAGGCAAAUAGACACACUCAACAUGAACACAGACAUACACCAAAUUGAAAGACAUGGAGGUGGGUGGGGGGCUAAAAAACUGAGGAGUAAAAGGAGAUCGGGCUGGAGGGACAACAUGAAAAGGACUGGAGCAGGCUCACAGGAAUGGGAAAAUUAGAGAGGUGUAAGGAGAGAAAUUUAGCCGCCGAAGAGGAAGGUCAGGGGAGGAGAAAGUGGGAGAAAACAAUGAACAGAUAGCCCGAAACUCAUUUCGUGAGAACAAAAAAUCAACGAUAAGGAGGUGAGCUCCAUUUGUUGCUCUGGCUUGGGUGAGUCAGUGAGCACUCAUUACCUGAUGAGAGCCGGCGAGGGAAGAUUAGCACGAGAGUUGGAUCAAGCUGGCGAUUUGACGCUUAAUGUCACGAAAUGAGAAACAGACUGGGGUCACAAAUAAACACACACCCAAGUAGCACGCACUGAUAACGUAGAGACUGAUAGCGAUCUAAUGUAUACCUGUUAUAGACCCUGUUUUAUAGCAUGCAGAGUAGACGAUUUAAGACAUGAUCCUGUAGGUUUUACAGUUACACGAUUCUGUACCUCAGUGGCCAAUAGCUAAUGCACAAUCUAGCUAGUGUCUCUAGCAACGCCAUCUCAAAGGCAAGACUAUUUAUAAAAGUGCUCCAUCUCCACGCAUCUUUGGCCACUUUCCACACUGCAUCCACUGUUCUGUCCCCAUAUUGAUUUAAAGUGGUGUUUGAUGAUACUGCCUGUGGCACAUGUUCAUUUGAGACUUUUAUACACAGUUUAAAACGUCAGCACCCAAGCCAUAACUUUGCUGAACGCACCACGAGUGAUCAGCACAAAGAACCCUUUACUGGAGGAUGUGAAGCAAAGGAGAAAAGGUGAAGACGGCUGUAAGGACUAAGCCGUUGGCAGGGAUAACCAGACUGAACUCUUCUUCAAUCGAAGCUGAGUCACAGAACACUGAGAUACUCUCGAAGCGCAGGAGGACAAAACAAGAAAACCUAAUCUACCUGUGGCUCUUUGAUGUAUUCCUUCUCUUCCCUUUUUUACCCACCGGCAUCAUUAUUAUGAUGAUGAUGAUGAUUCUUAUAAUCAUUAUUAUUAUUAUUAUUAUGUGUGUUUCGACUGAAUUCUGUGGGGGCUGGCCACACAGGUGACCCAGAAAAGAACGUUCUGGAAACGUUGUUCUGAUAUCUCAUCAAGCGUGGGGGCGUCACUGACACUUCCUCACUCGUUUGUCAUCGUCUACUGAGCACUCUCGUCUUUACCACUGAGAAUAAAUAAAGAUUUCUUUGA